AAUCCCCGGUGCGUGUUUUUGCCUGAGGCGAAACAAACACUUGUGGCUAUGGUGUAAUAUCGUUGACUCAUUCAUAAUUAAUGACAAGUCUAAAAGAAAACGUCAUGUUCCCUGUUUUUUUACACCAAUUUAUAUUCGUUUGUCCAACGCGUCUUUUAGCGGGGACAGUGACGCUGUUCGCGCACAGGGAAGUCGAGAGAAGAGGAGGGGGUAAAGGACAGGAUGGGAGGAGGGAGGGAAGAGGAGGGAGAGAGGCACUGAGCACAGCGACUGGACUCCGUAUUGAAGGUGAAGACCAGCCCUGCGCCACGGAGAGAGACAUUACCCCAGUAGGCGACGUUGUAUAGGCUUGGAUAUGGAGGUUCCCCGUGUGGAACACGGCACCGGCAGCCCUGUCAGCCCCGGCGACGACAUGAUCAAGAACCUCAGCCUGGACGCGCUGCAGCUUACUGAAAGAGAAGGAAAUAAGUCUCAAGACAAUGGCAUUGCAGAAAUGGAGGAGCUUCCAGUUCCUCAGAACAUCAAGAUAAACAACAUCACGUGUGACUCUUUCAAGAUUAGCUGGGACAUGGAAUGUCGAUCCAAGGACCGCAUUACUAACUACUUCAUUGAUUUGAAUAAGAAGGAGAACAAGAAUUCUAACAAAUUCAAACACAAGGAUGUCCCCACUAAGCUGGUGGCGAAGGCGGUGUCACUGCCCAUGACAGUGAGAGGGCAUUGGUUCCUGAGUCCCAGGACAGAGUACACCGUAGCGGUCCAGACAGCCUCCAAACAGAGUGAAGGGGACUAUGCAGUCUCCGAAUGGAGUGAGAAAGUGGAAUUCUGCACUGCUGACUACUCUACUGUGCAUCUGACACAGCUGCUGGAAAAGGCAGAGGGGAUAGCUGGUAGGAUGUUGAGAUUCACAGUCUUUUAUCGAAACCAGCAGAAGGACUACUUUGAUCAGGCGAGCCCCUCUUCUGAUUCCAGAGAGCUGCAGGACAACCAGAUGCUCCCAGCGGUGAAGGACAAUAGCGGCAGCCACGGCUCUCCUAUCAGUGGCAAGCUGGAGGGAAUCUACUUCAGCUGCAACACAGAGUUCAACACAGGCAAGCCCCCCCAGGACUCGCCCUACGGCCGCUACCGCUUCCAGAUCCAGGCUGAGGCGUUGUUCAACCCCAAGACCAACCUGUAUUUUGGGGACUUCUACUGCAUGUAUACAGCCUACCACUACGUCAUCCUGGUGCUGGCGCCAGAGGGCUCUCCAGGGGACCUCUUCUGUAAAGGCCGCCUCCCGGCACUAGACAUCUCUAACAACCACUUCCUGACGUGUACCCAGGAGGAAGAAGGGGCACGGCUGGUUUUCCACCAUGCACAGGACGUGAUCCUGGAGGUGAUCUACACCGACCCUGUGGACCUGGCGCUGGGCAGCGUUGAGGAGAUCCAAGGACACCAGCUCAGUAGCAUGUCCACCCUCAACGCUAAGAAGGAUCCCAGCUGCAAGACCUGCAACAUCAGCGUGGGACGCUAACAGUGCAAGCUGGCUAAUUAGUUAACUGGUUAACCAGCUAACUGUGGUAGCUAGCUAAUUGGCUAAUCAGCUAACAUGCUAACUUUGCCAACAAGCCCCCUCCACACCAUCCUUUCCCCAUCUUCCCCCCCAAAAAACACAAACUGUUUGACUGUUUUCAUUUUCUAUCCAAUAUUGCGUCUCUCUGCAGCAGCAGCAUGUGUUUUUACAGCUAUUAACAGUCUAUUAUUUUACCUUCAGUUUCUGCUUCACAUACUACUGGUUAGGUUAGAAUUGUGCUUUUCUAUAUUUAGAGGAGGGUGAAUGGGUAUGCGGGCGGGUUAGGAUGUUUCUGCAUGGUGUUUGGGCAUAGUCCACAGUGUUUCUUUAACCCUACUGGCUGUAAUAGACCUCUAUCAUAUUACAGACCUAUGAUGUCAUGUCCUGCAAAUGCUAAAAACAUAAGCUCAAGCUGCUUGAAGCACCAUGGUAACAGCUUCCACAAGGCAUGAGGAUUUAGUAUUAUGUAACGUCAUCUUGUAAUGGAAUGUGAUAACUGGAUAAUUCUCGGCCCGGGACGAAGUCUGGUUGCGCGUCAUAGAAAUCUGGACUGAAGCAUGGUAGGUUUUAACAUCAGUCUGAUGUCAUCACAUCAAAAUUGUCCUCUCCUGGGUUCUGUGUUAUGUAUGUAUUACCAUUACCAGAAAACCACCUGUGUUCAACAUAAUAAACGUGACAAAACGUAUAUAGAAAAAUAUUUAUUUUUACUGUGUAGAAAAUGAGCAAACAAGGGGAACAAUACAAACACUCUAAUCUUUAGAUUUAGAAGAAUUCUCGAAAUAUUUCAGUCAAAGUUUAACGAGUGUGCAUUAAAGCUAACAUUAAAACCACUCUGUGUUUCAGGACAUGAUCCUAACCACGACACAUGACUGGAUUUAAGUAUGAUGUCACAUCUAACCACAAGAGAUUGUAGCACAACAAUUGAACAGUAUACGUCGGUUGACAUGCAGAGUCACACAACAACAUUGUUGCAAUUAACUGCAGUGGAAUUCACUUGAAUUCUGUCUGAACGUGGUCCUGGUUGAGGAUUCUAAAUGACGACCAUCAAAUAGACUUUCACAGGGUUGAACUGAGUGGUGCCUGCUGCAGUUCAUAUUGCACCAUACCCAUGUGGCAUCUGUGACAGAUUGCUUCGCAGCCACGACGCUGAUUAUACUGCAGUUAUGAGAGCAGGUAUGAGAAAGGUUCACUAACCCAGCGACCACGUCUGUACUUGGAGGGAGAGAGGGGUUUCAGGUAAAAACCACCAGACAAUGGAAAGGACACCGUAUAUAGACAUAGAAAUUCUAAACCUUACCGCCAAACAAACAUACAUUAAUGCAUGCCUUCAUCAUAAUCUUAACUUCAAUCUCCUGCAUUCAUUCCUUUCAGGGGCCCGUUUCUUUGAACCAUUUAAUUUUAAAUCGUUUGGUUAGGGGUUUCAGGGUGGGUUACGGCUUAGGUUUUGUAUUGGCCACGGUCUCUUUUCUGUAACUUCACCGUGAGGCCAAAGUUAAAGUUCAGCAUUUUAUUAGUCGCAUACACAUUGCAGCAGAUGUUGUUGCGGAUGUGUAGCAAAAUGCUUGUGAAUAAGCUCCUGGCCAAUCUAAUGCAUAGUGUCCGUCCUGCCACAAUCAUGUUAAUCAUACAACAAUUUCAAAUGUUGCAAUAUCUCAAAGUUAGAAAAAUUGCAUAUGGUAUAGGCUUUGGCAAAAAAUAUUUAUAUAUAUGUUAAGUGCCAUAUCAAGUUGAAUGUCCAUUCUUCAUCCAUUUGCAUUGAAACACCAUUUAAAGCUUAUACCCUUUUCAAACAACACAUGGACUGUGGCGCCACAGAGAGCUUUGGUUAUGGCAAAGAUGUAUAUCUGUAAGGGCACACUACAGCUUUUCAAAUGCCGAAACAAAACCUUCUCUGGAGAUGGCUUUGAACCGCCACCGGAUCGGCGUUACCUUAGUCUGUAAAGAAAUGCCAUACCUGAAGCUGUCAACCAAAUAAUCAUGAAGUGCAUUAGCGCAGCCUGGUUGUCGGCUGUCUGGGUGCAGACCAUUCUCCCCUUAAAAGGUUCAUUACAGUUUAUUUAUACCAACAACAUAAUUAGUUGAAAUAAAAUGCACCUUGCUAGCAUGUUAUCCAAACUGAAUUAAAACAGCAUGUAGCACAUCAAUCUGCAACGUUUAUCUAUGUCAUGGAAAUUAUACUGGACAUUCUAUGCUGUAGUUGAAUUCUCUGGUCUGACAGUAUACUGCCGCUUCUGAUGCGUCACUUUUAAUUGUCUGAAAGGGUAUCAGUUGCCGCUAUCCACACAUUACUGUAGCGCCAUUGAAUGACAGAAAAUGGUACAAGUAUCGUUAAAAUUGUUAGAACAUUCCCGUGUUGCCAUAGUAACAAGUCAUGUUCUAGAACACUGUGAAAUAAUUGCAUCUUUGUCCCAGACGACAACAGGCCUCGUUUAAGAAUAUAACUAAUCUAAAAAGACCCUCUGGUCCAUCAGGUUUGAUUGAAGGUAAAGUGCAUUGCAGUUUUAGUAGAUGGAAAAAAUGGAAACAAAUAAUGUCCAGUAGAAACACAUUUUGGUCCACAUGUCAGCUGGGCUUAGUGUUGGGGAUAGAGUCAGAUGGGCUUAGUGUUGGGGAUAGUCAGAUGGGCUUAGUGUUCGGGAUAGAGUCAGAUGGGCUUAGUGUUGGGGAUAGUCAGGUGGGCUUAGUGUUGGGGAUAGUCAGAUGGGCUUAGUGUUGGGGAUAGUCAGAUGGGCUUAGUGUUGGGGAUAGUCAGAUGGGCUUAGUGUUGGGGAUAGUCAGAUGGGCUUAGUUUUUGGGAAUAUUCAGGUGGGUUUGGUGUUGUGGAUAGACUCAGAUAGUCUUAGUUUUGGGGAUAGAAUCAGAUGGUCUUAGUUGUGGGGAUAGAGUUAGAUGGGUUUAGUGUUGGGGAUAGACUCAGAUAGUCUUAGUUUUGGGGAGUCAGAUGGGUUUAGUGUUGGGGAAAGACUCAUAUGGUCUUAGUUUUGGGGAGAGACUCAGGUGGUUUUAGUGUUAGAGAUAGAGUCAGAUGGUCUCAGUUUUGGACUUAAUGUUGGGGAUACGGUCAAAUGUUCUUAGCCAUUUCCUGCUUACUGAGCAGGACUUCCAGAAGGCGGAGCUUGGCCUUAAGGUUCUUGUACUCGUGGUACUCCUCUGCCAAUAGGAUGCGGUCAUCUUUUGUUGCCGUCCUGAAUAAUAACAUUAAUAGAUAAUUAAUUAAACACACCAUAGAGCCCUGAGAUCUCAACGACUAACAGUGUAUUUGCAGAUAUAUUGAGUAUACCUGCUUUUGUUUCUUUGCGGUCUGAUUAUGGUUAGUAUAUUGAGGUUAUGGUUGAUAGCUGUCGGUGUUAGGGUUAGGCUCCAUUGCUGGCUGUGAAUAAAACUCUUCUUACAUCU